AUGUCUGCAGAGAAUCUACAAAAGGAUGAAGUCGAAGAGCCCCUGCUUCAAAAAAAUCCUAACAGGUUUGUCUUGUUCCCCUUAAAAUUCCCUGACAUCUGGGAUUUUUACAAGAAAGCCGUCGCCUCAUUUUGGACAGUGGAAGAGGUCGACCUCGGAUUCGAUCUCUUCGACUGGGAAAAGCUGAAUUCUCAAGAAAAAGAAUUUAUAUCUCAUGUUUUAGCGUUCUUCGCUGCGAGUGAUGGCAUAGUUGGAGAAAAUUUGGUUGAAAGGUUUUACCAGGAGAUACAAGUUCCUGAGGCGAGAUGUUUCUAUGGAUUUCAAAUCGCAAUGGAGAACGUUCACUCAGAAAUGUACUGUCUGUUGAUUGACACUUAUAUUAAGGACCGGGAUGAGAAACAAAAACUUUUCAAUGCUAUUGAAACUUUCCCCUGUGUAAAGAAGAAAGCUGAGUGGGCCUUCAAAUGGAUGAAUAAGAACUCUGCUGCAACUUUUGGGGACAGAAUUGUGGCCUUUGCUGCUGUGGAGGGGAUCUUCUUCUCUGGGGCUUUUGCAUCAAUUUUCUGGAUUAAAAAAAGGGGGCUAAUGCCUGGACUUACCUUCUCAAAUGAGUUGAUAUCGAGAGAUGAAGGACUUCAUUGUGAUUUUGCUUGCUUAAUUUUUUCACAUUUGAGGCAGAGGCCAGGUAAAGAUCGUGUUGGUGAGAUUCUAAGCGAGGCAGUGACCAUAGAGAAAGAAUUCUGGAUAAGUGCAUUACCUUGUCAUCUACUUGGAAUCAACUGUAACCUCAUGGGAAAGUACAUAGAGUUUGUAGCCGAUAGGCUUUUGGUUGCAUUAGGAUUCGAAAAACAUUACAAAACUGCAAAUCCUUUUCCGUUUAUGGAAAACAUUUCAUUGGAAGGGAAAGCUAAUUUCUAUGAGCGUAGAGUUGGAGAGUACCAGAAGAAUGGUGUAAUGAAUGACAGAAUGGAAAAUUAUGUGUUCACUCUUGAUGCUGAUUUUUAGCCAGUGAGAUUUUUUAUUUAAUAUUUAAUAAUGUUUGUUUGGUAUUAAACCUUGACAAUUUGCCACUAUAUAAAACCAGUAUGAUAUUUUGUCUCUAGAAAAUGGUCCCUUUUAGGGUUUACAGAAAACAUGGGCUGGGAUCCUCCUUGCCCUCCGUGAUACCUGCCCUAUGGCCAUCUCUAUGACUUACCUUAAAAUGGAUAUUUUAUGGGAAAGUAAACAAGGAAAAUAUUGUUUAUGCAUAUUGAUCCACUGUUUGACCCUUUACAUCCUAACAUUGGUAUCAAUAUUCUCCAUACUGUUCUCUAUACAUUUCCUAAGGUGCUGACAAGGAGAAUUUGUUUAACAGCCAAGAGCUUCUUUAGUUGGUGAUUAUUUCAUUUAUUCUCAUGACAUUAAUGUGUGAUUUUGGGGUGAUAUUGUAAGGAGAAAUUAGAUACUAGUAGCCCUGAGGAGUUAAGGGUUAAGUGAAAGGGAUCUCUGUGUCUUCCUCAAGGGUCCUCUCAGUGCUAAUUUUCAAGACAGCACCUUCCCCCCCCCCCAACAAAUGAAAUAAAGACAUUCACCUCCCUCUUGCAGGGUAUCCAUGGUUGUUAUAUUAUAAAAGGCAGCACAUUUGACAGCAUGCACAAGAACUGUACUGUCACAAAAUUUGUUUCACUGAAAUCUCUGCUGGGAGCUAGUUUUUGCAAACUUUUGUUCAAGCAGCAGAUCAUUAACCAGGAAGCAGGUAUAUCAAAUAGAUUAAACUUUUAUAUUGUUUUGAGAAACAGUGUAAUUUCCAUGUUAGGAAAAAUUCAAAUUGUUUGUUUCUUAGUUUUUUGUUACUGUUGUUGUUUAUCUUUAUCUUUAUCUUAACAGUUCUGAAUGGUCUUAAAUGUUUGCAGUAUUUCUUUUUCUCUUGAUGGGAGCCACUUUUUUUAAGAAUCAAAGACAGGGUGUAAAACUCGCAAACCCCAACGCACGCAACACGGUACCCUCUCAUUCACGGCUCCCGGCCCUACCCCGGCGGGUACCGUCGGGACAUCCCUUAAAAAAAGUACUAGUAUCCAUUCUCCUUGGCACGGUAAUUUUUAAAAUGGCGGGUAAAGGCGAUGCGAUGAUAGAUGUGAGUUUGAAUGGAACAUUGGAGCCGGCCAGCCCGUCGUUACAAAAUUGCAUCAAAUACUCAAGCACUGGAAAAUACUUCAGUGUCCUGUGUGACUUUGGAGUGGCUUUGAUUCUUGAGAUAAAAGGUACUGCAAGAGUGUAUGUCAGUCUAAAAUUCAAAAUGAAAUGUCUUGAGUUAAUUUUCACUGUGCGUUUUUGGAAGAGAGCAAGUCAAAGAUUAGUAAUUUUUGUAGGUACAAAGUUUGCAGCUGUCCCCUUGUGUGCCCUAGAGGAAGUGCAAUGCCUUCGCAUUGCGAGCAGUAAACUUCCUGUAAAUGCGUCGCAGUUUCAAAUGUGGGACCUACAUUCAUUAGCAUUCGAAAUAAAGCAUCGAUUGCUACUGUACAAUUUAACUGUGUACAUGUUGUAAACAAGUUAUUCCGGGCAAGAGUACUUCUUUCCGUCGAAAUUCUUCACUUAAAUUCAGAAAGUAACUUUUUGAAUGACUACUGUCACGGAGAAGUUGCUGAGAAUAGUAAAAUUGUUGCAGUUAAAUCCUUUUUACAAUUUCCUUCAUAAGCGACCUUGCUGAUCACCUACGCGAUUUCGUCCUCUCAAUGUUUUCCCUGCUAAGUCUCUAUAUUCAAAUACUGACAGAUCAAUUUUUCGUUUCUUACCUUUGGUGUAGCUAUGUUUCAGAAUACUUCAAAUUAUAUGAUUUAAUUUUCUUCCAGUAUCAAAAUUCUGCUGUAAUGAGACAACAUGCAAACCAACUCUUAAGCUUAAAAUUUUAAUAUUGCAUGGCGUUGCAGAGCAUGAUGACAGCUUCCAGGCAGUCAUUACCAAGAAACUCUCAUUUGGUAAAGGUGAACUUCUGGAAGGCCAUGCUUGGUCCUGUGAUGAUGAGAUUUUUGCCGUGGCUGGAUGCAAAAUCCGUCUUUGUAAAGUAAGCAUGUGAAAUCUUAGUCUUAAUCUGCUACUUUUGUUUCUGGGAGCAAGAUGUUGCAGAGUGCUCACCUCCUGCUACUGUGGCUUGGGUUGAUUCCCAGACCUUUUAUGAUAGCCACCAAAAUCUUUCAUUUUUAUCCAACAUUGGGUACUCUUAGAAUCUAUGAAAAAUAAGACUGGAAGGCUAAGAUGCUAUUUUUUCGAUUUGACCAGAUAAAAACAUAUGACAGGCAAGGAAAUUUGCAAGACCUGGGUUCAGUUUAUUGUUGAUUCUUGUCCUUGCUUAGAGAAUUUUUUCUCCAGAUCCUCUGGUUUUCCUCCCUCCCUGAAACCCUCAUUAUGAAUCCCAAUUCAAUGUGGAAAAAUGGACAGAAAGAGCUAACUCAUGGAAUAUUCACUGCUAAAUCAUUAUUUAUUUAUUUAUUUAUUUAUUAUUAUUAUUAUUAUUAUUAUUAUUAUUAUUAUUAUUAUUAUUAUUACUGUUAUACUUCUGGCUCUCAUUGAAUGAAUAGGUACAAUGUUAUCAGAAAUGCCCUGUCCUGUUAUUGUCAUUUCUUUUUUUUUUUCUUUUUGUUGCUAGUGGAUCAAAACAUUAAUCCUCAAUGUUUUCUCGCAUCAAAUGGCUAGAUCUUUGGUCUCUUUAACCUUUCCAAUUCCAAGGAUUUAGUUACUUGAACCAAUCCUAGAAGUAUUUCUCCGUAGACUUACAAUACUUUAUAUUUUAAUUGUCAGGUCAACAAUGACUUCCUCAUCUUUCACACUAUUCCUUUGUAUUAUUUGCCAAAAGACAUUUCCAUCAUCUUGAGUGACUUUUCAUCUUCCAAUGAGGUAGUGUAUGACUAUUUUAAAAAUAAAUAAAGUUCCAUUAAGUGUUUUAAGCUUUUGGGUGAAUGUCUCGCCACAACUGAACCUGUAUUAAGUGUUUGCCCACAGGGAAUGGCAGGGUGACUGCUUAACCAGUACUCAGUUUUAUUCCUUUGUUGGAAAUGGUUACUGUGAGUUUGAAAUGUUUGGCCCAGUGCCAGCAUAAUGCUCAAACUUUGACUUCUAAAUCUGGUUUCUGGCUUCCCACAUGCCAAAGAUUAGGCUUAGACUUGCUCCACUUUGUAACUUUGGAGUACAGAUUUUAAUUAUUAUUCUGUUAUUUAAAUACUAAUUGUGGGUUAAAUUUAUUUGAUUGCUUCCUGACUAGGAAGACUUAAAGUAAUGCUUCAGCUAAUAUCUUGACAUUUACAUGUACAUUGAAUUUUAUCUCUUGCAACCACCUUCUCAACCCUUGACACCCUAACAUCAUUUGUUAAAUUCUUCCUACUGUUCUCUGUACAUUUACUAAAUACUGAAAAGGAGAAUUUAUCCAACAAUCAAGAGUUUCUUUAGUUGAUGAUCAUUUCCUUUAUUCUCAUGGCACAAAUGUGUGAUUAAGUGGUGAUAUUGUAAGGAGAAAUAAGAUGCUAAUCACACUUAGUAGUUAAAGGGUUAAUGUUGUAACCUUAAGUUUUCUCUUUUGAUUCUUCAGAUUUAUCAGUUAGCAGUUGCCAGUCCAAAUGGAGUGGAGCUUUAUCAAAUGGAGAUGACAGACAACUUUAAAAUUGUACCUCAAAAACAAAUUUUUGAUUUUUAAUUCCAAGAUAAAUUUUCUCUCUGUGUUUGCAUUGUCUUUUUCAUAUGAAACAGUUUGUCUUUUUUCUGUCAGGAUGGGUCCUUAUCUGUUCAUCCAGAUCUGGCCAUUGCAUUGGUGGAAUUUUCUCCAGACAAACUGAACCUGGCUGUGGUAUGCUACUACAUCAAUUAAAGCCUUAUGUUGUAUAAAUAAUUAAUAAAUAAAUUUGAAUUAAUUUAAGGGCAGUUUUGAAAAUAAAAAAUUGGACAUGAGAUGCUAUCAGCUUUUAUUGUUAUCAUUAUUAUUAUUAUUGCAUUUUUUAACUUUUUUAUUUAUUCGCUUUUAUUCCUUUUUAUUUUCAUUUUAUUUCUUUUUUCAUCAUUUUAUUUUUUUACUUUUUUACUUUUUUCAUGAUUAUUGUUUUUUUUAGUGACAGAGGCUGGACUUAACAUGGACAAUAAACUCACAUUGUUUGUCCAUCUUCAAAAAUUUACCUUCAUGUGUUUAAUUUAGUCACAAGGAGACCAUGCAUUACCCAUCUUCUAUUAGUUAACCAUUUUCAAUGUGCUUUUAAGUGUACCCUUGAUGUCUUUCGUGCAAGCCAAUGUGGAAUUACGUAUAUCUUCAGAUGAUAUUCUAUUCACAAGCCAAUCCUGUGACAAUUUUCAUUUCAAGUUCAUAUAAGAUUAUUAAAUAAAGGAAAAUAACACUGUCACUGUUCAAUAUGAUGACAGUUUUGUUACUAAAUGUGAAAACAUUUAGAUGAGCGAGUCAGAAUAACUCACUUAUUUCAUGUCUUAUUACAAUUUCUUGGAAUUGCAGGCUGCCAUGGAUGGCCAUUUUGGCAUAUGGACUGUUUCUAGCUUGUAUACUGACCAGAAAGGUUAGUAUCAAUGAUAAUAAAUGCAUUUGUUGAGAAUUUGAAGCCUAAUGAAAAGUAAAGCAAUCUUCAUAGUAAUGAACAUUACUUAAACAGUAGAAUCUUUUUUUCAGGCCUUUUUUCACAACUGAUUAAGUAGUGUUCAUCACUGAAGAGCACUUUCAUAUUCAAUUGUUAACAUGCAUUUCACAUAUAUGAUUUUCAUAUAAUUCACAGUCAUUUACUCAUCACUUCAUGUAAGUAUUAUGAACCAACAUAAUGACCAGCUUCCAGUUGGCUUGUUAGCUCAGUUAUUAGAGUGUUGCACUGGUAUCGUAGAGGUCUUGAGUUCAAAUCCUGCACAGGCCUUCAUUUUUUAGGCCAUAUUUUUGCUACUGCUUAAGUAGUGUUCAUCACUGAGAAAAUCACUUUUGUAUUCAUAUCUUAACUGGCAGUUCAUAUAUAUGAUUUUCAUACAUUCACAGUCAUUCAAUUUGCAACCUGUUACUUAAUUAUACUGGUAGCUCUUUGAAAGCAUAGUCAAGGUACAUGUUGCAUAAUUAGCUGCACAAUUAUUACUUGAUAUUUCUCAGAACACAUUAAUCAAAUAUAAGUGAAAAAUGUAAUUGUAUAGUGUUUUCACUAUUGACUGGAUAUUGUUAGACAAUAAAUUGAGUCAAUACUGGUGGCUGUUCAUGUAUUCAAUGGUGGAGGAUCAUUACUUAAACUGUUCAAGAACUAAAAUAUGCACCGUUAACCCUUUAACUCCCAAGAUCUCAUUAUUAAUUCUCCUUACAGUCUGCCAUAUAGUUCUUGUGAUGUUAGUUUGGAGAAUUUGGUAUUGGGUCAACUAAUAAUCCCUUAAUUAAGAUUUUUCUUUAUUCUCAUGACUUGUCUGCUUGAUAUUGUACUGAUAUUGUAAGGAGAAAUUCUGUCUUGGUCACUUAUGGGAGUUAAGGGGUGAAUGAAAAGGGGUAAAAUAGGAGUUAAAUAGUUAAAUAGGACGAAAUAAAAACAGACCUCUUCUGGGUAAACCUGAAAAUAAAGUGCAAAAGAAAAGUCCUGAGAUUGUAAGAAUUUUUCAAUUUUUUUUCCAAUUUGUACAGUAGACUUCAAAGGGCCAUGAAAAAAAUUUAUUGAUGUAUUUAAGACCAUUUGUAGUUGGAUGUAAAUGUGGUGAUGUGGCCCUUGAUCUGAAAUAUAUCAUCUCACAAACUAUAAAAGAAAAAAAGAUUGCAAUACAUUGCAAGAUAGAUCAAAAAGAAUUUUAUUUCAAACCCAACAGUGACUGCUCAAUCUUGCUAAAUUUAUUAUUUUAUCUCUGUGUAAGGAUGGUUGUACAGUUCUAAUACUUUACAAUUAAGACUUAAAUACUUGAAAACAUCAUAUUUAUCACACAAAAACUAAUUCAAGGGCUUUUUCUAUAAAGUAAUCUUCCCUCUUUCCUUGUGGAUUUGAUAGUGUUUAAUUAAUAUGUGCACUUUUGGUGUAUUUGCAGAGUUUUGGUAUAUCCACCUUAAAACCAUGCGCAUUACUAGCAUAGAGUUCUCACAUGACAGCUCUAUGGUCGCUGUGACUGGUUGGGAUGGCUGUUGGCACUUGUACCGGAAAGUAAGUGUUAAUGUCAUUGUUGGAAUAAAGUGUCUGUAUACUAAUAAAAGAAUGUUUGAAAAAAAGGAAAUAAAAGCAAAACAUCAAGUAAAUAUAGUGUGGUAGUUAAAAAUAAAUAGAUCCUCAAACAUUGAGCAUAAUCAGCAUCAAAUAUUUCAUGUUGCCUGAUUUUAGGCAGUUCAAGAUGGGACAUUGACUUGGAUAGAGUUUAAACAUAGUACCAGCAUUGAUAGGGUGUCAGGGGAUUUGCCUGGUUGUUUUGUGAGCUGGUCUCCAGAUGACAAAUUUAUAAGGUUAGUAAAAUUCCACUUAUUGUAUUAGUAGCCUGACUAACUAAAUAUUUGAUUUUUGCCAGCAUUUUCUUGGUAUAUAAUCAACUUAAGGAGGCUCCAUAGGGUUUUUUUUUUUUGAUUGCACAAGAUCUGGAUACAAACAUAGUGCAAGCUUUUAACACAAUACAGUUUUUAUGUGAUGGAAUCUAGGGUUUCCAGCAACUGCACCUGUAAUAUUCAUAAGCCUUCUAUGCCUGAAAAAGAGGUCAACCAUGCAAUAAGAAAACACAAUGGGAAAGAUUGCCAAAAGGUGACAGAUUUGAAAUUUUGUAAAACGCAUGCUCAGAUAUAGAUCUUUUCUAUUCCAAUGUUUUGUGACAAAGAAAAUAUUGAUCUUUCUAGCAAGAUUUAUGGUGUUUCUUUCAAUGGAAUUUCCUAAGAUUUGCUGGACAAUGAAACAUAUUUAUGCCCUUCUUAGUACCUGUUGAUAAAAGAGUCAUAAGACCAAAUUGAGAUAGAAAAGAAAACAUAAAAUUGCAUUUAUAGUGUGGAAACUGCCUUUGUAACCCUUAAUUUCUUUGGCUUUUGAUUGAUCGGCAAGACAAAUUUCGCAAAUUGUGAACAUUUUGAGAGAUUUCACCAAAGCAAAUCGAAGAAAAUCAAAGGCAAAGCCAAAUUGUCAUUGGUGAGCGCCUCCCUUUGUGGAGCAUCAGCUUAAUAACAAAAAUCAUUUUCUUAAUAUUUACUACAGCAAAUGAUAGUCCAAACCUUUCUCAUUGCCCUUUUGAUGGCUUUUAGUGACCUAGAAAGCAAAAACAUGAAAAUUUUCUAGAAAAACAAUACACUGGUGUGUGCGCCAACAUUAAACAAAAACCCUAUGGAGCCUCCUUAAAUAAAUAAUUUGUUUUCUAUUUAGUAAUAGAAAACCCACUGUUUAAGGUGAUUUUGAAUUUUAGAGAUAUCAUGCUCUCUACUCAUUAACUCAGUAAUUAUUCACGAAAGUGUAGGUGAAGAGUGGUGGAUAUUUUGCGCCAAGGUAAAUAUCUGCUGAUUUCACCAACACUGUGGUGAAUAACUGUUGUAGUAUAUACCACAUAGAGACCAAAAGGAAUAAUUUAUUUCGAUUGAUAUGCCAAAAAUGAUGAAAAAAUUACCAUGAUCAUAAAAGUUGUCGACCCAAGAUUCUGCUUCUUUGGCUGCUUGGAUGUGAGUGGUACUUUUCAUGCUAAUUUCUUUGGAACGAGCCAGUCAGCCAGUGUGAAAAGCAUUAUUCACCUAUGUGGUAUAUAUUGGUCUUGCAUAUUAUAUUGUGUAUUUCAAUAUAACUCACCUUGCAUUCAAUAUACAUUUAUUUACAUUUGUUGUCAGUAGCAUACUUGGUACACAUAGUUGAUCAUAAUUUUUAUUCAUGGAAUGAUUAUUGCAGCUAGUGCCUAUUUUUUUAGGUUUGCUAAGACUGGCUAAAUUUCGUCUUAGAUUAAUUCAAUGCAAUGACAAGACGUUUAUCCUGGCAACAAUGGAUGUUCAGACCUCUGUAACUACACAACGUUGUCUUGAUGGCACUCCUAAAGGAGCAGCAAGUUUCAGGUGGUUUUAAGGGGAAAUGAUGAUGAUUUUAAUGAUUAUUCUUAAUAACAUUGUUAUUAUUGUAAUUGUUAUUAUUAUUAUUAUCAUUAUUAUCAUCAUUAUCAUCAUUAUCAUUAUGAUCAUCAUUAUCAUCAUCAUUAUUAUUAUCAUAUCAUCAUCAUUAUCAUCAUUAUUAUUAUCAUCACUAUUAUUAUUAUUAUCAUAUCAUCAUCAUCAUCAUUAUCAUCAUCAUCAUCGUUAUUAUUAUUGUUAUUAUUAUUGUUAUUAUUAUUGUCUCUGUUUCUGUCUCUGUCUUUGUCUUUGUCUUUGCUACUAUUAUUAUAUUUUUCUCCUUCCAUACAGCUCUUUUUCAAUGGCCAUUAUUUAUAAAUCCAAAAUAAAACGUGAUUCACUUUUUCUUACUUUUUGAUAGAAAAAUAUCUGGGGACUACACUCUCUUUUACUUGCGAUCCAAGCAUUGUUUUGCCAUAAGGUGGCCAGAAACUCAACUUGGUAAGUACCUUUAUCCAAUAAGGUGAAAACCUCCCUGAAAAUACCUUUUGGUUAACUAAUUAACUCUAUUAUUCUUUUUACGAACAUGAGGCUAUCGACAUCGCUGAUCCUGGCAGUAUGCAGGACGCGUGUCACAUAUGAACUUCAUAAUAGACAUCGCUCACCGUAAAGUCUCUGUGGCUCAGUGGUAUAGCAUCGGAGCGCGAAAUCCGAAGGUCUGAGUUGGUGACUCAGAAAAUUUUUUCUUUGUCCCACGCUCGUGACAAGCCAAAAAACAAAACAUCUUCCUCUAAGAAAAAAAAACAUGUUCCUUCUUCUGUACUAUAGCUCACAACGCUCUCUCAUUUUGAAUUAAGUUUUAUACACACAGAUUUCUCUAGUGGACAUUGGGUUUGAAAAUUGGGGAAUAUCACUCAGGUUAUAUCCUCGAAUAUCCCCAGUUUUAAUUGGGGGAAAUUCGGUCACGUGAUGCAUUUGAAACAUCCGCGUUUGAGCAAAAUAUUUCGCGGGUUUUAGAAGCCAUUAAUAAAAACUGUCACAGAAUUAUGACCAGCAGGUCAUGGAGUUUCCUCCUCCUAUCUCCACAGUGUCUUUAAUGAAAAGUGUUUCCGGUAACGAAGAGAAAACAAGACUUUUAUUUCAAGAAUCUUUUGAGGGCUCUGUGCUCGUAGAACUUUCGUCCAAAGGUCUAUUGACUCUGAAGUGGAGGAGGACGUCUCAAGAAAGCUUUUCCUUGCUUAGGGAAAUAGGAAAUAGGUGUGAGAACAGUUGUGAAAAUUCACUGAGAGGAGUUGGCUCAAAAUGCUCAGAACUAAGGAACGAAGGAUUCAAAAUGGGCGAAGAAUCUCAGGAGGAAAAUAGAAAAAACGACAGCAGCCGUUUAGAGGAUGAAGCUAGAUUGACUGAAGUUUCUGCAGAGCUUCAUGUCGUCGGAUCUACAGGAAAUGCCAGCUGCCUGUUGAGUAAUGUGGAAACAACUUCCGAGGACAAAGCCGUUGAAAUUAUGAAUGCACUGAAUACACAAACUUCAGAGGGAUCUGAUGCUUCGUAUGGGAACUGUCACUCAGAGACUUGCGAAAAACUCCAGUCUCCUUCCAGUUUAUCUAACGAAGUAUUGACUUUAGAAGCACCAUUUCUCAAUCCAGAACUUUUUCAGAAGUCUUGCUCUGGUGGUUUUACGUUUCUAUCAAGAAGUGGCGUGCGACUGUUAAUCUCAACAAAUUACGUGAUAGUAGCCGCCUUGCCCCUCUUAGUGUACGUAUAUGAGUCGCAAAUUGAAGAGUGGAAAACGCUGCUAUUCCCCUGUCCAGUCGAAAGCUGCUGUAUCACUGCAGGUUUGUGUUUGGCCAUGUAGUUCCCAAUAUCUGAUACGCACUUCUCCUUUCAUACCACCAUACAUUACCCUACACGUUUGUUGAGAGAAUUUGAUGUUAUAUAAAAAUGAUACCCUCUAAAUGAUAGGUGUACAGCGGUUUGUGGGAUGCUUGUUGCAUUUGAACCCAAAAAUGGCAUAACUCAGGAACGAGCUUGAGUCUUCAAGAUUUGCAGAGCAUCCGAGCGCGGAAAUCCGAAGAUCUGCCAUUCGAAUCGUUCUGUUUGGUCUCGAAUUUUUUUUUUUGUUUUUUUAUUUUGUUGCUGUUCAUCCCUCGGUCGUGACCAAUGGCUCACAUCUUUCUUGAAAUUUCUAUGUUCUCAAUGCCUGUUUUGUGAUUAUGUAUUAUUAGCAUAACUGCUCGGGUGAUUGUGGAGAUGCGCGCGCUCUAAUUAGUCGAGUAUUGCGUGAUAUCUCACUUUAUAAUAAAGUUCGGAUAUAACGCGCGCUCUCAUUGGUUGAAAGAGCGUGCUCUAUGAGAGUAUAGAGCAUAGAACUGAGCUAAAGCUGUCACGCCAUCUGCCAAAUUGUACCAUGUUCGACUUUUUCCGGGACUUCUUUUUAGCUUUUUUCCGAUAAUUGAAAGUGAAAUUUCAGAACAAGCGAGCCGGCAAGUAGUAACAGAAGAACCAAAGAAAGGUUUGUAAACAUACCAGGCGCCGUUAUUUACGUUAUUAAAACGUGGGCAGAUACGAAAAUCCUCAAAGGAAAAACAAAAUAGACAUUCCGAGUUUUAAAGAUUUUCACGCUCAGUUAGAUUGCAAGCUUACGUACGGUAAUGAAAGUCAAACACAGCCAACACUCGUAUAGUAUAUAAAGUUCAGAGUUCAAAAACAAAACAGAAAUGAUGAAAAAUAUAACCAAACUGGCAUAAUUGUUAAAAUUCAUACUAAUCAUGACGGUGUCUGAGCAAAUAUGAUCAUGCUGAAGUCCAUCGCGGCUCACUUAUCAUGCCGAUCUCCGGUCAUCACAGUAAAGCAAGCCUCAGAAACUACAUCGGCCGCCCUUCGAGUGAAAAAAAUAAGUGCUCGCUCUCAUAUCCUUUCCAAUGUGUUGAGUGGAAAGUCACUUCAGUCACUGCAGCCGAGUUUUUGCGGCGCUGUCAUCCCGAGCGAUCUUCAUGUUCCGGUGAAUUCGGCUGUCGUUCAUUUAAAAAACACUCGCCUUGAACAGUUUGUUUUCCACCUUGUCAUGUGAAAAAACCCGCGUGUUUUUAUGAGCCAUAAUUCGGCUGAAGUUCACUGAACAUUUCACUUCAAGAUUCUGAUUUAAAAACUUCAGGCAAAAGCGUUAAAUUCGACCUACCGAAUUAUUUUAGUUUGUAAACUAUCGCAGAGUGUGAACUUUGAUGGUUUGACACUUUUUACAGGCUUUGUCUUGUACAGCCAAUCAGAUUAUUUGAACCAUUCUAACAGGGAUUCUGAUUGGCUUAUUGUAGCGUGCUCUAUGAGAGUAUAGAGCAUGCUGACGACACUGUUCUUCGCUUUGGAAAUAAAGUUUGUUUUGAAAAUUGAAAGUAAUACAUGGGGAAUUUAACGGAUUCUUUAUUAUAAAACACGAGACGUAGUCGAGUGUUUCUUCCCACUUCUUUCGUGCACUAGCCGCUUCCUGCGUGCUUUAUAACAGAACAGAGCACAGUAAAGGCUUCUCUAUUUGUUAAAUAUUUUCCUCACGCGAGUUGAUUAUAGCAGGAGCGCUUAAUUUCAAAAUGGCUACCCCGCUCUAGGCAAUGUUACCGAGGAAGUGAUAAACGCGAUGGACCAAACUUCAAUUCUGAAGAGUACGAAAGGUGCAACACUUUCAAAACUAAACUGUCAAUUUUUCGCUGUUAAAUUGUAGUGGAUACUGACUGCUUGUCUUGAUACAAGUUAGUUAUCAAAACAAUUAUAACAAAAGAUACGCAAAGUUUUCAACAGCGGCAUGGAUUUACAUUUACAACAGAAUUUGAAAGCACCUGAGCAGCUAUGCUAAAACAAUUAUUCGCCGCAGGCUCGGAAAAUAUUCAAACAAUAGCUAAUAAACAAUAAGCAAUGGCUCGAAAAUACUUAUGGAUAUUUGUCUGCGGACAUUAUCUGUUCCAAGAUGCGAACAGUUUUCAAGAGCGAAGCACGAGGAAAACUAAGCCAUCCUUCAUAUAUUUUGCGACUUGCGUGAAAAAAAUGUGUACGAACAGCUUAUUGUUUGCAGCGUGAGAUGUUUUCGCACAGUGCUAUCUAAAUCUUAAAGCUUUUCUUGUACUUUUAAUCUUUUCAGAUAGAUAUCUUGUACUUCUCACAUCCAGCGGCAAAGUAAGUAUUUGGUGUUUGCACACCAUGAGAAAGAUGCACUGCACAGGCGAGGCUCUUUUCGACAUGGAGCAGAGUAGCUCUCAAAGGUAACUGGAAACUGACUUAAACGGAAUGAGAACGAACCUCCCUGUGAGGGAUUUAUGCUUCGCUUUUAUACCUUACGUACCUGGUCUUUUUCCUCUUUUCCCUUUGGUUUUUUGAUCUGUCACAUUUCGCCUUAACCCCCAAACUAAUUGACAACCAUAUUCUUAAUGUUUCCUUUAUCAAAGAAAGCGUGGAGUCAGCUGAGUAACGUUGCUUUGUUGAAGAAUGUUGAAAAGCGCACUCGGUUCCGUUUUCGUUCCCCUGGUGCGGAAGUAGAGAGGGCCUGGGAACGAUUUUGGGAAAGAUUGUUAAAGGAGGAGGGUGGCAUUUAUUUUGUCAUUAUGUUAACUAAGUCGACAGCAAAUAUUCAGUGCACGGAGGUUCUCCUUUUCCUAGCAGAGGACGGACUAGGUUGCGAGUGUGGAACGUUUCUUAAUUCAAUUAUGCCAAUUCCAAAAUACUUUUUGUUACUAAUUUACUUCUCUCCCAAGGUGUUUAAUGAUGUCAGGAAAUCCGUUUGAGCUACAGUUUAACGUCGUCAAGUUGGAUAAGACUGGCUCUGGAGAAAUGAUACGGGUCUCCUUUUAUCCAGGUAAAGCCGAAAUAAGAUGUUGCAGAGAAGGUUCCAACAUGUACACGUUAUUUGUUCCUUUUUCUGAUAAUGAUUCCACUUUUGUGCCGUAGCUGGACUACUUAAAGUGGCCCAUAAUGCUGCAGCUCGUCUAGGUUUUCUUUGUUUAAACUGAUAAGGAGUUCUGCUACUCCCCUGUCAUAGACUCCUAUUCCAUUGCAAAUCACCCCUAGACAGUUUAACAUAUUUUCCAGAUGGUUCACUGGUACCCAUUUAUACUUCCGGGUGCAGAAGGAAACUGUGAGAGUAAAGUAUCUUGCUAAACUGAACACAACUGACGACUCUGUCAGACCUUUCGACCCGAGGUCAAGCGCUAACCCUUUGGCCAUUGCGUCAUCCGGGGAUGGCGAGCAAACACUGAAUUGACGUUUAUGCCUUGUUUCAUUCAUAUGUCUUCUCGCCUGAAGUCCUUCAUAAAACAGAUUGAAGUCUUUAGCAUUAAGUUUUCGUUUGCCUUAUGCUUGUUUGAUUAUUAUGAUUUCAGACCAAGGCAACUUCAAGGUUACUAUAAAACGCUUAGCGCUAUGUUAUCCUGAUCUGCUGGGUCAGAGCAGUAAAAGUCAACUAUGUGGCUCAAUUGGCAGCCUGAUUAUCUUUAAAGAAAGCCAAUUUGCGGACUGUUGUGACUUUCCAGAGGCAGAUCGUGAAUGCGUGGGUUCCUGGUCAGUCAAGUGGGUCGUAGUAGUUCCAGGUACU